AUGCAGGGCAUUCUGUCAUUUGUUAGUGACGAAAGCGCCACCAAACGGCGCAAGGCGUUGCGUGCGUGCCAAAAAUGCAAGGAAUCCAAGAAACGAUGCACGGUGAUCGAGGGGUCUUCUCGCUGUAGAAGAUGUGCCGAAGAUGGAUGGACGUGCUCCUUCACGGGUGUCGAGAUGCAGGGCCCAAUGGAGACCGAGCAGAAUGGCCAUGCAAGCUGCGAGCAUGCCAACACUGCCACUAGCGAUAAUAGCAACACAGUCGACGGGUCGCCAAUUUCAGUGCGACCACCGCACAGAUCGCCUGAUGCCUGUCUCCCAAACCCUUCCAUACCUUCGCUCGCAUCAAGUCUUCCACGGAUUCGACCGCCUCUCUUGGACGAUGAAGGCGCCGAAGGACUGGGACUGCCACAGGCCAGAGCAACUACCACACAAUCAGCUCAAACGAGUUCAUCCGUGUCGUCUUCACGGGUUGGCCAGAACACGGACGAAUAUGUAUCCUCAAUUUCUAAGGGCGAUGGGCCGAGAAGUGAGUUGCGAUAUGCGACCAUGCUGAGCCUUUUGGACAGGAGGGAAGCUGGCCAAACGCCUAAAGGCCAUUCGACCAAACUCAUCGCGGGCACAAAUCCACUGUCUGCUCUUCUUGGCAAAGAUCUCAAACACAAGAUCGUCACCAACAGUUGCUCCUUCCGCACUCCUGAUCCACCGCACACCGCCGGGCUCCCGGCUCUGAUGCGGGGGUCGGGAAUUCACAGCUGCGAUUGGGAACAAUGCUAUCGAAGCAUGGGGUUGCCCGAAGCCCGCCUGCAGUAUCUCAAGGCAAUCAAUUGCUUCACGCUACCCAGUCCAUCGCGAUGCGCUGGGCUCCUUGAAAUCUUCUUCUCUUAUGUACAUCCCAUGGUGCCCAUCAUUGACCGAAAGGACUUUCUUUCCCGCUACUACGGAGGAGACGUGCCUCCGUCCCUAGUCAUCCUUCAUGCCGUUUUUCUCUCGGCAUCGCGGUAUGCAUACGAUAGCGGACACCCCAAUGACGGUGUCUCAGAAGUACGAAGCAUGUGCGACGAGCUUCAUAACAAGGUGAAGGCUCUAAUCGAAGCAGAGAUAACGUCCGACAGGAUCGCGGCAACUCAAGCCAGCAUUUUAGCGAGUCUGCACUGGGAGGGCCGCGAAGGCCUGAACUCAGCGAUUGACAAUCUGAGUAUUGCCGUUCGAGCUUGUCAGGAAAUGGGACUCCAUCGAAAGCAGCAGGUCAACAAUCACUCACCCAAGGGACAGCAAUCGCUCCAGCGCCGUCUAUGGUGGUGUUUAUACGCGAUGGACCGUCUUAACGCUGCCCAGGAAGGCACUCCUUUUCUUAUCAACGAGCUGGAGUGCGAUGUAGACCUGUUGACCUCUAAGGAUGUCGCUGACGAGGACCAGCUAACACAGGGCGCCUUGUUACGACAAAGGCUAGAUCUUCAGCUCGAACAGCUCGCGCAACUGAUCACGCGCAAGCUAUUGUCGGGCGGUAACCCCUCUGGAGGCUCGUCAAGUACCCAGCCAGACAGAUAUUCGCUAUUCGGCUCAAUCCUCUUAACUCACCUAGAUGCGGUGCGAAUCCUUGUACAUCGUCCUUUCCUACUUUACCCUGAGCCACAGAGCCUUGGUAUUUAUGCAUCAAGGGAUGCCUGCCGUGUGCACGCACUGGCCAUUCUGUCGCGUCUGCAGUCUCUUCAUCUUCAUGGCCAACUUCGGUACUCGUGGCCGUUCACAGUCUACGCGGUGGUAAACAGCCUUCUCAUAUUUUGGUAUGAUAUCUCUGCGCCAUCGUCGCAAGAUCUAGCAGCACUAUCCGCAGCACGGCAGCACUAUGCAUCCGUCGUCCAGCUUCUACGCCAUAUGGGCUCUACUUGGUGGGCCGCAUCAGCCAAAUAUCGGCUUGCGCAAGCUCUGGCGCGGGCUGCUGACGAAUUGCAUCUCAAAAACACGCGAGAUCACACGGCCAUGCCGGCUACGAUACCGAGUGACAGAGACAGCCUACGCGUGGCGCAGGGGCACCCACUGACGCCUGCUUCAGCUUCCCAGGAUCAGUCGUACUACGGUGCCGGAGAAUGGCCAGAUAUGGACAUCUUUGCAGACUGUGACAUGAAUGACUACUGGGCAUCUAUUGGUCUGGACUUUGACCUAGAUGUCGCGUGUAACGUCUUCAGUAUAUCGGAUUUCCCAGGACCAUAG